AUGAUCACUGUCAAUAUUGCCCGGCGAAAUGUUGACCGUUCCCAAUUGAAAGACCUGGACGGUCUGCACCUUUUCGACGUCAAUAUCACUAGAGACCAUGACGGUAGAUCUUAUAUCGGGUUAAACAGCUCAGUUACCAUCCGGCCUCUUCUUCUGGCAACUGGUGUCCCAGGCCAUGUUGAGCCACCAUAUGGUGGGAACUGGGUCAGUGAGCAUGUGCAGGACAUGAUGAGUGCACUCGAGAUAUGGGAACCUAGGACGCGACCGAUAGAGGUCAACGUGGUGCAGACACUUGCUACUGGCACUCCCCAGCAUCUCAGCCAGGAUCGCAAAUGCAAUGGUGCUGCUGACCAGGAGAAAAAAGGGCAAAGGAGGGUGCUUGUGUUGUCAUGUCGUGCUCCUGGUCGUUCCACUCAUGCCAGCAAGCUCUCUCACCCAAUCUCACGUGCCAUUCUACAGGCGGCAGGAGAUUCUACAAACGUCAUUUUUGUGCGACCUGGAUCAUUUAGUGCCCUGAAAACUGAGCUUGAAUCCCAUCCGAAAGGCUACUUCACUGCCAUUCAUUUAGAUACGCUGCUCGUCCACAAGCGCCCUCGAAAAUCCGAGCCCGAAACUCCAAGAAUCUACUUCCAAUUCGUCAGCCAAAACAAGUCUGAAGUGAUAGAGGAGGACCUGAAAGCUGUCGAUAAAGUUGCCGCACUUCUUCUGCUUCAUGGUGUUCAGGACGUUGUCAUUGCUCCCUGUCCACAUGCCAGAUCCGCCGUCGAGACUGCAGCUGUAGUACUUUUGACUGGUGGCAUACAAACCGUGGUCACUUUGGCCUAUCAUAUCACUGAAAAUGAUGUCGAGGCAUUUCUAAGAUCGCUCUAUACUGGGUACAUUCAUCAGAAGCUCCCCUUGGGAGAAGCUGCUCGAACAGCUCGACAGUGCUUGAGGGGAAGUGAGGUUGAUGAGAGGAUGCCCAUUUGUGACUUCGUGGUCCUGACUUAUGUCAACCCAGAAUGGCUUCCAUCUACCAGCUUGGGAGUUGACUACAAGCCUCUUGAGCAAGAGCAAAGCCAUCCUAACUCUCUGUAUGGGCGAGAACACGACAUUGUCCAUAUCGAAUCAGUACUUUUGCUCGGAAAGCCGCUGCCUCUAUUGAUCUAUGGAAUAGCUGGCGUUGGCAAGACGGCUCUUCUGGAUUAUUUGCGUACAUGGUGGAAGGCUUCGGGUAUGAUCGAAGAUUCAAUCCAUAUAAGCCUCAGUCUGAGCGAACCUUUUACUAAGGAUAAUAUGCUACAACAGCUGCAACACCACUUUGUUGCGAACUCUACUCCGGACUCAGAAGAUAUAAGCUCUUUGUAUAAGCAUUUCGAGAGUCAUAAAUGUCUCAUAGUGAUUGACGAUCUCGACACUGCGAACUUUAACCGACAACAAGGCCAAUUCAUGAAUCUCACGUCCAAGCUAUCCAGGUCUGGUGCGAUUGUCAUUCUCGCAUCACGCAAGCGAGAGCGAUGGCUGAGUAAGGCAAAGAUAUACAACCUUUCCGGGCUUCAAACUCGACCAGCGACUCUGUUGGUGAUGAAUUCUGAUUUCAGGGACCGUGUUACUGAUAAUGAUAAUUCUUCAUCUCCUGAGAUAGAGGCGACGAAUAAGAUGCAAGAAGAGAGAGAUUACCUCGAAGCCGUUGUUGAGAUGGUCAAUGGAAAUCCACAGGCUAUAGAGAUCAUGGCUCGCAGCGGACUUUACUGGUCCAGAGCUCCGAAAGACAUAUAUUCCUUCUUACUUGGACUUCGCUCAAACCGUCCUGCUGAGCAUCCUGCGAAGUUUGAGACUUCAGACAACGAUGAUCAAUCAGAACAGCCACCUAGCAGAACGCAUCCUGACGGUGUGUAUGAGAGUCUACGAGGUAUGGGCUGGGGUGACGGAAUUUUACCUAUAAUACUUGCGCCAUUCAUGGGUGUUCUGCCUUCCAAAGAUCUCCUUACCAUUUUCUGCAUCUGGAGCACAAGAGUAGCCAAGAUCCUAAGAAACGCUGCAUCUACUCGGCUUGUGCGCGCUGUACUCGAAUCGGAAGAGUCUUACAGAGACAAUACCGAGCUCACGGAAGAGGCCCGAGUCUUCAUCGAGACUUUACUGAGCGCCGAUAAAGUAGCUGAACCUGAAGAGGACCUGCCAUUGUCCAGCCUCAGCGUUCUGUUUCAUAAAGACGUCGAGUUUUUCGAACUACCGUUACCCGCUGGCAGCUUCCUGACUGUCAUGUGUGAUCGCGUGAAAGAUAGACUUGUUGAGGGUGGAAUGCUUGAAGAGUUCACUGGAGUACCGGAUUCGCUGGUCCCAACAGACCGAGGAAUUAUGCGUUUGAAUCCCCUAGUUCCUUUGCUUCUCAGGCAACAUCCAGCCUAUGAAAGCAACUCCUAUUCGCUUCAAUCGACAGUGAAUGAAGCAUUUGUACUAUACUACUGCUAUAGAGGGAAGAAAUGGCCUUGGGACUGCUGGGAUGAUGGUCGCUCAUGGGGAGUAGCUGAUGCUGAGAUCCAAAUGGAGUUCGACAAUUUUACAUCUGCCUGCAUCACAGGUCUCCUGCACAUCGACCUCGACACAACACAUGUAAUGGGUCUGAUACGAAUAGCCGCUGUGCUCGAGCAUGGUGCCGGCGAGAAGUUCUACUACAGAAAGACUAUACUUUUCCAAGUGUGGACUGUCGCUCUAGCUAGAACCCUUGCAGAGUUCAAGAAGCUUAAAGACGAGGGCCGAACCCGUCAGACAGAGAUAUACAUGUUUUCGUUGGCUGCCAUGUAUUUCAGCUCUGAACUAGGUCGAUUCUACGACCUCAACCGCGAGUCGGACGAGGUGGCCAAGUACAAAGGCCUUAUCGCUCAAUUUGCCGUAUUGGCCAGUGAAAUGGUCCCGGAGAAUAUUGAAGUAAAUGCACAGAAAGAGAAGCUAUCAGGGAAGAAGGAACUUGAACGUCUCGCUCGAAUGGCGGCGGAUCCCGAUCAAGACAUCCUGUACUCGAUCCGGGGUCAAAUCAGUCGCGUUUUUGUAUGGAUCUCGAACCCUUUUGAGACCAGCUCCUUUGCGGAGCCAGCGACAACUGUAUUAGUGUCAGUUGACGUUAAGCUGGCUGCUGUACUAUUAUUCCCCGUCAAGCCGCUUGUUAAUAUCUAA